UACUUUUACGCUAUAUGUCGUCACUCUACAUGCUGAUUAAUGUUUUUUUGUUUAAUUGUUUGUUUAAUUGGAGAGUAUAAUGUUAGCGUGACUUGCUGCAACACAAUACACGAGAGAGGACACGGUUUGAAAGUCUCCUAAGCUAACGCUAUUUUAGCAUGUUGGCAUUAGUUAGCAAUAAGUCAAUGAUAAACCAAUGCUGCUCGACGUCGUUGUGACAAUACUUAUAUGGCACUUCACAGAUUGUUCCAGCUGUCCUCCAUGCUGCGCUCCUCCGUGAGCCUGACGCUGCGCAGGAACAUCGGCUUCUCUGCUGUGGUCUUCAACCGGGCCAAGGACCUCGACCCAAUCCAGAAACUGUUCCUGGACAAGAUCCGGUCCUACAAAACCAAGAGCAGGGCGUCUGGUGGGGUUGUGGACGGAGAUGCCUCCUACGAUAAGAACGUGUCUGAUGAGAUUUUCAAACUGCAGAGGCUUUAUGGCGGAGGGGACCUCGACCAGUUCCCUGAAUUAAAAUUCACAGACCCCACGCAUGAUGAAGUGGCCAAGUGAAUGCUGUCCAUGUUGUGUACCUCCUACAUGUCACAAAUAUGUUGUAUUUAAUAAAAAGAUAUUGGAUUGAA